ACUUCCUUAGCUUGUAAGCUAACAGCGCCACAGAAAACCGACUCCUCAAAACCUACUGUCUAGGGUCAUUCAUAUCUAUAUAACAGUGAUAUUAAGAUGUCUACCCCGCUGCUUCUCAGGGCUUUCGUAAAGGAGCGACUCACAGCAGCUGCCGAGGAAAUAUUUCAAGUUUUUGAGAGAACAAUAGAGAAAUAUGAAGAAGAAGCUUCCAGCUCUAAACAGGAGAUAGAGCGACUCAGAGGUCUGCUGCAGGAGUUUGUGUCAAACCACAAAAAAGACCACUGUCAGUUGUCAGUCUGUAAAGAGGAAACUCCCCCUGAGCAGCACCACUUUGAGCAGGAGCUGAACCUCAGCAUCGUUCAGAGAGACCCAGAGCCUCGACACAUUAAAGAGGAGGAUCAGGAGCUCUGGCCCAGUCAGCAACAGGAAGAAGAACAGGUUCCAGAGUUUAAGGAGGCCGAUGUCUUAGACCUACCUCAUUCAUCCAUCUGGGAGAACCAUGAGCAUGAGGACACAAAACCGUCUUUGCAACUUCAGUCUCAAAACAGUGACAGCGAGGAGCAGUUUCAGGAGUUGCAAGAAACUAAAAUUGUACAGUUCGUGCUACCUUUUGCUUCAUCUCGGUCUUCACAAACUCUGACACAGAAUGAGGGGAUUCAAGGUGGAAGGGAAAAUGAAAGACCAGGCUGCAAGUUUAAUGUCAAUCCGAAUGCAUACAGAACAAAACCAGAGCUCCAUUAAUGUCACCAGAGAGUCCACAGAGUUAUCUUAUUUGAAUUCAGUCCCUCUUGACUAUCAGUGCUAUAGGUGUGAUAAAUCGUUUUCCUCCAGUCAUCACCUGAUAAAUCAUGCUUUUCGCAUGCAUUCAGAGGACGCUGGUUUUCUCUGUGCUGUGUGUGGAAAGACCUUAGAGUCCACCGAAAGCCUUAAUGUGCACCUCAAAUCACACAGGGGCUCCAAGUGCUGUCACGUGUGUGGGAAACACUGCAGCAGUGCCAGCGCUCUGGCUGAGCACAUGACUAGCCACACCGGGUUGAAACUGCACCGCUGCCAUGUUUGUGGGAAAGAGUGCGGCCGGAAAGGAGACUUAAAGAUACAUAUGAGGAUUCACACCGGCGAGAAGCCUUUCUGCUGCUCUUUCUGUGGUAAAAGUUUCACCCACAGCGGACAUCUGAAGAAGCACAUGAGGAGCCACACAGGAGAGAGGCCGCACCGGUGCGAUGUCUGCGGCAAAGGAUAUCUACAGAAAGCACACCUAAAAUACCACUUAGGGACUCAUACCCAGAAAUAUUGAUUUUUUUUUUUUAUCAUCCACCAGAGCCCAUAUUUAUCAAACUCCUAAGAUUUGCAUUUAAAAAUGCUCUAAAGAGCCAACCCAGGAGUAAAGACUUUCUUGGCCGAGUAUAAGCACUAAGACACAUUUAUCAGGUGAUUAACUACCUAACAUUUCAGAGAUUAACAUGUAUGCUCAGAGCAGAAGCAGCAAAUUAAAACAGUUUACCCUACAUUUGCCAUAUUUGUCGUUCUUUUACUGAGAGAGAUGCUUUCAUUCGUUUGUUUGUGUACAAUCCUCAAUCUCUCCUUUUAAAAAUGGCUGAAGCAUAAACAAAAAGAAAGCCAGACUGGAGCAGGAAGCUAAUUCUGCAGCUGGCAUUCACCAUAAAAAAUCAUCAUAAGACAAUUCAGUAACAAACUGACAAGUACAGACAGUGACACUGCGUGGGAAGUGUUCACAACCAAAAGCAAUAAACCAGUUUCACUUGUGUUGUUAUUUGCACCCAUAAAUAAAUGGAACAUCCUUCCAAGUGUAAAUUACUGGCUAAAACUAUCCAGUUUUCUUCCCCUAACAUUAUUCAUCAAUAAUGUCACCAGUAAUGUUUUUCUUUAGGCUAAAUCAGUCAUCUUAAGAUUAAGUCUGAGCCAAGUUUAAAGACCUGCAGAGCUCUCUUUAAUUUAAGACUGCUUUUAAUUAGUAAGAACUUCAUAACAUUUAUUUAUAAGGUUGUGAGUGGGAGUAAAAGGGAAGUACUUUUACUUUCACUGUUAGCCGUAUAAUCAAUAUGGCCCCUGACGUUUACAAUAUGUUCCACUUCACUGUUGACAUGACCUUUGUUCUGAUGGGAAGUCAUUACUCAUUAACAACUAAGUGGAAUGUGCUUCUUUCCAGUUAAGUGUCACAGUUUUGAGUAAUAACGCUGCUGUUAACAUUGAGAGAAUAAACUGUGUCUUUUCCAUUAUCCCUUUUAUUUGACAUAAUUUGAAUGAUGUUAAAUCUGUGUGUUGUUGUAGCUCAGACUUUACCAAGAACAAACUGGAUUAGAAAGCACUUUUAAACCACGAUUUGUCAAGUGGAGUUUUAUGCAGCAGUUGUGCUGUACAAAAAACCUUUGCAGCUGGGCGCUGAAUUAUUCAACAGAUAUUAUUCUGCUCUAUUCUAUUCUAGAUAAUGCUUUAUUUAACAGGUCCACAAUUUGUUGUUGUUGUUUCCUGUGAAGAAUUAUGUCAUUUGGCACUAGUUAUAGAGAAAAACAGUUUAAACUAAGUAUAUAUGUUGAAUUGUAUGUUUGCCUUCAGUCAAGUCUGCUCUUUUCUCAAGGGUAGGGUUUUUGCCUUAUAAAGUUGAUAUGGUGAACAUUUACACAUCCAGCAUAAAAUUUAUGUUUGUUUGAAGUCA